AUGUAUUCUCGGUCAUUAAGAUUCUUGUCAGUAUUGGCAAUUAUCUUUGCCAUCGCUCAAGCCGGUUGGAUUGAUCGUGGUGUCUUUAAUCGACGAGCAGAUAGCACUGGUGCCUUAUCAUCAGGAGGUGGGAGUAGCAGUGCCGCUACCAGUGCUGGAGGAAGCGCAGCAGAUACAGAUACUACCACCGCAGCACCAACACCAACACCAUCUGCCACUUCAACCACUCCAGCAGCAAAACCCAGUGAAACUUCAGCUGCUCCCACCACUCCAGCUGCUCCCACCACUCCAGCUGCUCCCACCACUCCAGCUGCUCCCACCACCCCAGCUGCUCCCACCACUCCAACAGCUACAUCAGCAGAAGCUACAACAACUACAGCACCUACAAGCUCAGCAACAACUGCAGUAUCUGUUCCUGAAUCAACAUCUUCAGCAACUACAGCAGCCCAAACGACUGCAGCUCCAACUCCCAAAGAUACUCAAACUACGCAAACAACUGCAACGAAAACCUCUAGUACCAAGACUAGCAAGACUUCUUCCUCUUCAUCAUCAACCGUUCAAUCUACCACGAUCUCCGAAGUCACCAUUACCCCAUCCGCAACUCGAGUCGUCGUAACCGUCUAUUCAACAUCAAGUGGAAGUACUAUUAUCUCCGAGUACACUACUUCUACUACUCCUGCCGCAUAUACUACUACAACCGCUGUUCCUAUUAGUGAUUCCUCAUCUUCCUCUUCCACGGGUAUGUCAACCAAGACACGUAAUACCGUCAUUGGUGUCGUAGUUGGUAUUGGUGGAGCCAUCCUGCUCGGAGGAUUAUUCAUCGUCGCAUGGAGAAUCUGGGGACGCAACAAGAAGGAAGAUGAGAAUGAUGGAUUGAUGGGAAAUUACGAUCCAGUAUCUGCCGGUCACGAAAUGAAGAAUGAAGGUGGUGCUGUACCCAAUCCUUUCCAAACUACUUUGGAAGGUUAUCAUCAACCCGGAAGAGGAAAUGUUUCGGCAAACUUUUAA